AGCGCGCAAGUGUCCGGAGAAAUGAAGCAGAGGCAGAGCGAAAACUGGGCGAAGUGCAGCAUGGAGCUGUCAUCCAUCGGAGACCAAGUGUUCGCCGUGGAGUCCAUCACCAAGAAGAGGAUUAGGAAGGGAAAUGUGGAAUAUCUCCUCAAGUGGCAAGGAUGGUCCACUAAGUACAGCACAUGGGAGCCAGAGGAUAACAUACUGGACCCUCGGCUGGUCCUCGCCUUCGAAGAGAAGGAGGAGCGGGACAGGGCGCAGGCUCACAGGAAGAAAGGCUUAAGGCCCCGAAGACUCAUCUUACGAAACAUCUGUCCAAUGGAGCUUCGGAGUGCGAACAAAGUCAUGGAGAAAACUUCCUCCCGAAUCCGCCUGUCCCUCACCCGCUCCAUGGGGGUGGGACUAGACCAAAACGGGCGUCGCUGCAGGACCGGUGAAGCCGGAGUCCACCACCAACGCCUGGAGAGACGCAAAAUCAAGCAGCAUCAGUUUUUACCCAAACCGUCGGAGAACACAGAGCCCCCGCAGCAGCGAGCCCUGACCCAGAAGAGACCCGGUCCCGAGCGGGAGGACGUGGAGGAGGAGAAGAAGCGGAGGAAGACGGAGAAGAAAGAGCAGCAGAAAACAACAGACGAGCAUCAUGACAUUCCACACGCCCGAGAAAUGAAAGACGACUGCGGUUUCAUCUCAUUACUGGUAGCUCUCAAAGCCGGCGAAGACGAAAUCCGUCCUUCAUCCGGCGAUCAGAGGGCAGAAACGGUUACUGAUCCAAGCACAGACGUGGCUUCAGCUCCGUGUCCGCUGAGAGAAAUGUAUACUGCUAAACAGGAGCUGAACACUGACCAGUCACAGGGCGGAGUCGUCCAAGACAAGCCUGCGACCGACCAAUCACAGAAGAGCAGCUCAGAAACCGGUCUGACCGACAGGGUCCAGAAUCGUGCCUCGGUUAUAACGUCCAGACACUCGACCGACGGUUCCACGCAGGACCUGGAUACAGACACGUGCCCGACGGAUACCAGCACGGACGAAACGACAGACGAGGUCACGAUAAAGUGUACUUCAACACUGCAGGUCCAAACGGACCAAUCACACGCCUCCGAGAGCAAAGUCAUCGUGACCAAAGUGACGCUAAACUCGCUGACGGUCACGUUUAAAGAGGCUGCGGCGGCCGAAGGGUUCUUUAGCCGCUACAGGCUGCGGGACUGAAGGGAACGCCGUGUCAUCUUGCUAACGUGGCUAUUAAAACAGUUAGCGUUACUGUUUGAAUACGAUUGCUAGUCGAGACUUGUUAGCAAGUGGAGAACGUGAUGUUAGACCAGGUGAUCCGUCGAUCUGUCGGUGUAGUGAAGACUUUCGCUCUUUAUCCGUCACGAUUUCUCUCCGUCAGGUUGAACAGGGCGACGGUUCGGUCUGUGUUCUUUUGUUACAGUAAUAAAACACUAGAAGGAUUUUCGGUCGUAUCCGGUGUCGCUGACGGUGGCACUUUAGCUGCAUGCGAGCAUGUUUCCUGUUAACGCUUCGCUGGUGUUAAUUGUUGACGUACGAGGCCGGAAGUACACUAGCUUUUAGCCACGCUAGCGCAGUAGCGUUUGUUUUGAUAAGUCUGCAGUGGUCUGAAUCUCAGCUUGUGAAAGUGUUCACGUGAACAGUGUGCAAACCUCCGAACCGCUAUAUUUACCCAAGAUCCUCUACAAAGGGGAGCUAUUGGUAUUACAGUAGUUUUUGUGUGUUGAGACCAGUUGCACUUUGCAUCGGUGACGGUGUUCAGGUACUGAAACGUUUCAUUGGUUGGCCGUGGCUAAAUGCAAAGCCAGAGCUUAACUUUAUUACCACAAUUUAAGUUCCUGACAGUGCACAUGAGCCCAAUUUAGUGAUAUCUUCCUCUCUACUGAUGUUUACCUUUACUCUAAUCGAGGAGAGUCACGACUUAACACAUGCCCCGUGUGAAAACGUGUGCAAUAACCAACCGCUUCUGUUCACCUGCAAGAGACGUGUUCAUACAAGGCUCAGUCUUGUGCAUGGAGAGUCACUCACUGAUCCUCAUUAUCGCUUGUCUUCGUGCAGCACCAUCGAUCAACCAGCAGAGGUCAUAACUGCAUCUGCAGCCACCCUUCUAACAAGCCAAACAUUGUUCGUGUAGGCGCUCGAUCGCUGUUAGCAGAGCUGAGAUUCGACCUCACAAGUUUAAGAUGUCAGCUCUGGUGUAGCAUGUUUUACCCUAAAUCAUUGUUAGAUCUGACCAACUAUAGAUAUCUCUCAUUAAUUUAAAUAAAAUACCAUCACUGACUUUGUAUCGUAGACUUCCAGCUCAACUGUGCUUCUCAAAAAUUGAUAAACUUUUGAUACAAACUUGCAUUGAUAACCAAGUAGUGUGGCCACUUCCAUAACCCGUAAAAAGGAGAACAUCAGACCCCAAUAAGGAGAACAGACCCCCAAAAAUAAGAGCAUCAGACCCCAAAAAGGAAAACAACAGACCCCAUAAAGUAGGACAUCAGACCCCAAAAAAUAAGGACAUCAGACCCCAAAAAGGAUAUCAGACUCCAAAAAGGAGAUCAGACCUUAAAAAGGAGAACAUCAGACCCCAAAAAGGUAGGACAUCAAACCGUACAAAAAUAAAAGCAUCAGACCCCAAAAAAAGGACAUAAGACCACAAAAACUUGAGAGCAUCAGACCCCAAAAAGGAGAACAUCAGACCCCAAAAAGGACAUCAGACUACAAAAAAGAGAACAUCAGACCCCAAAAAGGACAUCAGACUACAAAAAGGAGAACAUCAGACCCCAAAAAGUAGGACAUCAGACCCCAAAAAAGGAGUACAUUAGACCCCCCCAAAAAUAAGAGCAUCAGAUCCCAAAAAGUAGAACACCAAACCUCAAAAAGUAGAACAUCAGACCCCAAAAAGGACAUAAGACCCUAAAAAGGACAUUAGACCCCAAAAUAUAGGACAUCAGACCCCAAAGAACAACAGAAUAACAGACCUCAAAAAGUAGGACACUAGACCCCAAAAAGGACAUAAGACUUCAAAAAGGAGGACAUUAGACCCCAAACAGGAGGACAUCAGACCCCAAAAAGUAGAACACCAAACCUCAAAAAGUAGAACACCAAACCUCAAAAAGUAGAACAUCAGACCCCAAAAAAUAAGGACAUCAGACCCCAAAAAAUAGGGACAUCAGACCCCAAAAAGAACAUUAGACCCAAAAAGGACAUUAGACCCCAAAAUAUAGGACAUCAGACCCCAAAGAACAACAGACCCCAAAAAGUAGGACAUUAGACCCCAAAAAGUAGAACACUAAACCUUAAAAAGUAGGACAUCAGACCCCAAACAGGAGGACAAAUUUAGAAUUAAGGGAUAACUUAAUAGUGGUGGGGCUUGAACUGGCAACCUUUUGAUUACUAGUCCAGUUCCUAAACUCCUGAGCUACCGCUGACCUUGUCAGGAUCGUGUCCACAGUAUAUUUAACAGAAUUAAAAUCUUAUUGUGAUGAUGCAUAAAAUCAGCACACAAAUGAAGGUUCUACUCACCACAUUUAGAGUCGACUUGUGAUACUUUAGUACAAAAACAUUAAAUUCAUCUUUCCUGAAUCUUCCAAACGAGUCGGGUGCUGAGCCACUCAGAGCUGGACGUUGUUUUGUGUUUUUGGUGUGUCGACAACGUGAACGGUUAUUAAAACUUAGUAAUUAACCAGCAUUUUAGGACCGGACGUUCCACAAUAAAGUGGUGGACGUCCUCACAGAAAGUGGAGGCUUUAAACCAAUGAAAUACGAGUAGUUUCUUUUGAUGUGUUUGUAAGUCAAGCGUCUGUUUCGCUUCCAAAGUGGACAAAUACGUGUCCGUCCAGGCAUUCAGCUGGACUGCUGACAGGCAGAUGAAACAACAAUCCGUCCAAACUUAACCGGAUGUGUGAACCCUAGCACCAAUGCUGUGACUGCCUUCAUCGUUUUAGUUUGUAGAUCCAAAAUGAAGAACGUGACAAAGUUAAAAUGUCAAAGUCUCCAGGCUAAAAUCAUUUUAAAGGCCAAAUUGUCCAAACUGACUAUAAUUAUUUUAAAUUUAAGUAAAAAAUGUGUUUUACUGGCAGUUGGAAAGCUGCUUUCAAUACUGUAAAAUCAAAUGUUUAUGGUUGGCCAGCUAGCUAGCGGUUACGUGCGAUAAUUCAUUCAUUUGAACAGAAUUUGCAAUUCGUUUUACAAUAAACAAAUUGCAAAUUAACUUCACAAACAACCAAUGUGGCAACUUUAUUAACCCCUUUAUUAACUAGUCACCAACAACAUGACAGCUUUGUGACAUUAACCUGUAAAAUGUCAGAUCUAAGCAGAUCUAAAAUUAAGGAAACGCUAAUUUAUAAACGCUCCUUUAUUUUCUUCUUGACUGAUCUGUCAAGUUUGUUAGACCCCAAAAAGGAGGACAUAAGACAUCAAAAAAAAUAAGAGCAUCAGACCCCAAAAAGGAAAACAUUAGUCCCCAAAAAGGAGAACAUCAGACCCCAAAAAGGAGAACAUUAGACCCCAAAAAUAAAGACAUCAGACACCAAAAAGGGGGACACUAGACCCCAAAAAUAAGGACAAUCAUUAUUGAAGUAAGAUGAACGAUUGAUUUUCUUCUUGACUGGUCUGUCAAAUUCAUCCCCCUUCUUACCAACCAUGUUAAAGACCUUUUCUAGAGAAUAACGUCACCAUUAUUAAUACAUUUACCCAAAAGAACAACAUACUCCAAAAAGUAGGACAUUAGACUAAGUAAAAUAUUUUAAGUGAGUGAGUACCUUUAAUUCAUUCUGAUCAGCUAUCAGCAUACAGCAUUUAUAUACUGCUUAUAUAUAUAUAUAUAUAUAGUAAGGCAAGCCAAACAGGAAAUAUAUAGCAAACACUGAUAUAUAUGGAAUGAAACUCGAUAUAUAUAUAAAAUAAAAACUGAUAUACGUAUAUAAAAUAAAAACUGAUAUAUAUGGAAUGAAACUUGAUGAUUAUAUAUAUAUAUAUAAAAAAUGAAACUCAAUAUAUAUAAAAUAAAAUUCCAAAUAUAUCGAGUUUCACUCCAUAUAUAUCAGAGUUUGGUAUAUAUAUUUCCUGUUUGGUAUAUAUUUCCUGUUUUUCCAUAAUAUAUAGAAUGGAUCAGAAUGAAUUACAGGUACUCACUCACUUAAAAUAUUAUACAUAUUAUAUAUAUUGCACAUUAGCUUAGUUUGCUAGCGACCAGCUCAGAUAGAUCAGCAAGCAAAGAACCCUACCCUGAAUGUUUAAAAUCCCAACAUAUGCCUUGAUUUAGUACCCUAAAUGAAUUACUAAAAGCUUGUUUUAUAAAGACACAUUGGCAAAACUAGCUUUCAAACUUAAAGCUAUUCAGUGAUAAGAUGCACACUCACGGCUACGUUGCCAAUCGCACCAAAUUCAAACGUUUUGCUCCGUCUUUUGUUUCAUUGUUUUUAAAUACAGUAUAUGUAUUGUUUCUAAUGAUGGGAACCUAAAAGCACUUAAUCAUAUUUCCACUCAAUCCAUAAAUAAUGCUAAUUUAGAUAAAACAGAUAAUAGAUCCGUAAUGCCAAAGACAUGCUAGCACUUUGUAACACUAGCAAAAUGACAUUCAGAGUGGAAUUAAUGAGCGGAUUUGGGACAAAACAAAUGAGCCUUGGUGUACAUUGUUGACCAUUACAGCAUUGAGCAUUUACGCUAUGCUACACUGUUGGUUUGUAUUGCUGCAUGGUAAAUCUGAUGUAUAAGAGCUCACGAUUCACAAUGUUUAACACGUUCCUACAUAAAAGACUUGAUUUAUUGUUGUUUUCUAUGUUGUUUUGCUCCUGAGAGAUGAACUGCAUUGACAAAGCAAAACUAGUUCCUAAAUGUCAAGUCACUGAUACAUUGCUAACUGCACCUGAGUAAGGGACUCUGAUCCACACUUUGGUUCUGUAUGUGUAUAUUUGUUUUGUUAAUAAAAUGGUGGAAUGA